AUGAGGGAAUUUAGGAAAUACAAUAAUAGCGGUCAUCAUCACCGAAAACACUACCAUAGGCAGUACGGCGGUUAUAACAACUCCCACAACGAAGAAUACAAGACGAACCCCCACCACAACAGAAUAAACAAAUACAACAAUAGGAACUCCUACCAGAACCACGACGAGCGGGACAGCCAAGUGCGUGUGAAAAUCUCAAACUUGGACUACACCAUCUCGAAGAACGAUUUAGUGGUACCGUCAGCCCUGGCGUCGGCAUUGGCCAUAGCGAUGACCGAACUCUUCAGCAACGUGUGCAAAGUCGUGAAUGCCUGGAUAAACUACGAUCACACGGAUAGAUCGGAUGGCACAGGCGUGUGCGUUUUCGAAAACAUCAACGACGCGCAGAAGGCCAUAGACAAAUACGACGGUUAG